AUGAAGCCGGAAGACGAAGAUAAAACAGCCUUCCGCACUGAUAUCGGAAUCUUCUGCUACACAAAAAUGCCCUUCAGGCUCAAGAAUACGAGCGCAACCUACCGGCGGUUAAUGGACAAGAUAUUUGGUGAUGAAAUUGGGAAACAUAUCGAAGUAUACAUUGAUGAUCUUGUGAUGAAGAGUCCCGAGGAGGAACAAAUGCUGAAAGAUAUAGAGAAGACAUUCAACUCUCUAAGAAGCGUGAACAUUAAGCUGAACCCAGCAAAACGUUCUUUUGGAAUGGAGAAAGGCAAGUUCCUAGGCUUCGUGGUUACAAACGGCGGCUUCAAAGUUAACCCUGAAAAAGUUCAAGCCAUUGAGCGAAUGCUAUCACCGCGCACGAUCAAAGAAAUGCAAAGAUUAGCCGGUCGCUUAGCGGCGUUCAAUCGUUUUCUAUCAAAUCACACAGCGAAAUCUUAUCCUAUAAUCAGUACGUUGCGCAACUGCGUGAAAAAACAAGAGUUUAAAUGGACACCAGAAGCGGAAGUUGUCUUCCAACAGAUGAAAAAGUGUUUGAUCAAGCUCCCUACCUUAACCGCGCAAUUCGAGAAGGAACCACUCAUUUUGUACUUGUCAUCUUCAGACAAGGUAAUUGGGUUGGUAUUGUUAGUGGAAAGAGGCGGAGUUCAAACUCCAAUCUACUAUGUGAGUAGGGUGCUCACAGAUCCGGAAACACGAUAUUUAACCAUGGAGAAGUUAGUGCUCGCGCUGCUACACGCCUCAAGAAGGCUACGCAGGUAUUUCACUGGGCAUGUAAUCACUGUACUCACUAACUUCCAUAUUGGCACCAUCUUGCAAAAACAAGAGACAUCAAGCCGUUUGGCGAAAUGGGCAAUUGAGCUGGGGGGCCAUAACAUCCUGUAUAGGCCGCGCCCAGCUAUCAAAGGCCAAGUAUUAGCAGACUUCAUCACUGAAGUCCUUGAAGACAAGAUCAAGGAAUGUGAAGCAGUAGACACUCCCAUCAUAGACACAUCGGAUGAAUUAUGGCUGUUAUUGACCGAUGGAGCCUCAAAUGAAGACGGCGCAGAAGCUGGUUUGCGCCUUGUUAGCCCAGAGAAGCAUGAGUUCACAUAUGUCAUCAAGUUGGAUUUCAAAAAUACCGACAAUGAGGCAGAGUAUGAAGCACUCUUGGCAGGCUUGCGCCUGGCCAUCAAGAUGGGAGCGCAGAAUUUACAAGCGCAUGUUGACUCUCUCCUAAUCGCAAGUCAGAUCAAUGGGGUGUACGAUGCGAAAGGCGAGGUCAUGGCUUUAUACUUAGAACAGGCAAAAGAACUACUCCAGAAGUUCAAAUCAUACAAGGUUGUUCAUAGCAACCGGUCAGAGAACAAGCCAGCUGACACGCUAAACAAGCUCGCUUCAACAGCAUUUCAGCACCUCGCCAAGGAUGUAAGAAUUGAAGUCUUGAAAAACCCAUCAGUAUCGCUGCGCCAAGUCAAUGUCAUUGAGAUAGGGCCACCUUCGUGGAUGACCCCUAUCAUCCAGUAUCUGCAAGAGGGAAUCCUCCCGGAAAACAAGGCGGAAGCCAGGAAAAUACAAAACAAAGCGUUGUUUUAUGAGAUGAACAGGGGCAUUCUUUCUAGAAGAUCCUUUUUAGGACCACUACUACGAUGCGUAGACCCUCAAGAUGCAAGUUAUCUGAUCAGGGAAAUACAUGAAGGCAUCUACGGCAUUCAUGCGGGCUCGCGCAUGGUCGUAGCAAAGAUAAUGAAUGCAGGCUACUACUGGUCGGGGACGCACGUCGACGCUUUGAAAGAGUUGCGCAAAUGUGAUGGCUGUCAGAGGCACGCGUCGAAGACCCUUCGCCUAAAAAACAAUCUGAUUCCAGUAUCAACAUCUUGGCCCUUCCAACAGUGGGGGAUCGACAUGGUGGGUCCAUUCCUUGAAGCUCCUGGCGCAGUGAAGUUUAUAAUUGUUGCUGUCGAUUACUUCACUAAGUGGGUGGAGACAAAGGCCCUUGCUUCAACCUCUGCAAUGAUGGUACGAAAAUUCAUAUGGGAGCACAUCAUUUGCAGAUUUGGCCUCCCACUCAAGAUUGUGACGGAUAAUGGCACCAAUUUUGCAUCCGAGGAUCUUUAG